GCUCGCCCGCGCCUGGGCCGGAGCGAUCGGGCCGAGCGCGCCGGCGCCGCGGCCGCAGACAAAGGGCCGCCGCGCUCCGUCUGUCUCGGACAGCAAGCACAUCAAGGUGGAAGCAAACAGCGUCUAUGGCCUCGAUGCCAAAGAGAAGAGAAAGGGAAAGGGACCGUCUGAAGGAUGCUACAUGCCUGGGUCCCCACUGCACCCAGCCGAGCAGUCUCACUCAAGGUGGCGCGGAUACAUGGGUGAAGGAGGAUGUGCCCCCAUCUGAAGCCUCUGGAGGGUCCUGGUCUGGCAGCCGAGUUCUUUUUUGACUUGGGACAGCAGGUGUAACUCCCGAGCUUAUGAGAGAGUGUGGCUUUUUCCAGAUCUUUCCUCACCAGGCUGGUUGGGGUUUUGGAACCUAAAGGAAACUUGUAGGAAGAUAAACUGAGAAGAAAGAGAAGAAGAAACGAGAAGAAGCCCCUAGAAGCUUCCAGAAUCCAUUAACUGGAUCCCUCUGACUGCUCAGAGCACAGAGGGAGGCUAUGAUCCGAUUAAGCUUUGGACCCACUUAAGUAAAGCAACACAGCUCAGCAAGCAGCUCCUUCACUUGAGCCAGACGAAGGAUUCAAAGGGAGAAGAGUUACUGCAUAUUUUACUCUGAGAUCCAUGGAGAUGGAAGAUAACGAUACUGGCUUAUCCUUCUAAUAAUGCCAGAUCUGGAAGAGGCAUGAACCAUUUUAAGCAUCUAGGAGGGUUCUUGAAGCACAGGAGUUGGUGGCAAACCCUCCCGAUGCUGGUAAGAACCGUUGAAGCCUCCCGCCGAGCAGGUCGGUGAGCAAGGACUUGAAGCCGUUCCUGUUCCCUGACAGCUGGCAGCAGUGACCUCACCAGGAGCAAAAGCAUCCCUUGGUUGUGAUAUUUGACAGAAUGAGGUGUGCUGGGGAAGUCACUAGCUGGAACUUGGCCUUCUUCAACUGCCCCUACAUUCUACAGCCGGCCCCAGACCACUGAGUCAACAAUGGCCGAGAAAGGUGACUGCAUCUCCAGUGUCUAUGGAUAUGACCUCGGUGGGCGCUUCAUUGACUUCCAACCCCUCGGCUUCGGGGUCAACGGGCUGGUGCUGUCGGCUGUGGACAGCAGGGCAUGCCGGAAGGUAGCCGUGAAGAAGAUCGCUCUGAGUGACGCCCAAAGCAUGAAGCAUGCGCUUCGAGAGAUCAAAAUCAUCCGGCGCCUGGACCAUGACAACAUCGUCAAGGUGUAUGAGGUGCUAGGACCCAAGGGUGCCGACCUGCAGGGUGAGCUCUUCAAGUUCAGCGUGGCCUACAUCGUCCAAGAGUACAUGGAGACUGACCUGGCUCGCCUGCUGGAGCAGGGCACGCUGACCGAGGAGCACGCCAAGCUGUUCAUGUACCAGCUGCUCCGUGGGCUCAAGUACAUCCACUCUGCCAAUGUGCUGCACAGGGACCUAAAGCCUGCCAACAUCUUCAUCAGCACAGAGGACCUUGUGCUCAAGAUUGGGGACUUUGGGUUGGCAAGAAUCGUGGAUCAGCACUACUCGCACAAGGGUUAUCUGUCAGAAGGGUUGGUGACAAAGUGGUACCGCUCUCCACGACUGCUCCUGUCCCCGAACAACUACACAAAAGCCAUCGAUAUGUGGGCAGCUGGCUGCAUCCUCGCAGAGAUGCUCACGGGGAAAAUGCUCUUCGCGGGGGCUCAUGAGCUGGAGCAGAUGCAGCUCAUCCUGGAGACCAUCCCUGUGGUCCGGGAGGAGGACAAGGAGGAGUUGCUCAGGGUGAUGCCAUCCUUCGUUAGCAGCACCUGGGAAGUGAAGAGGCCACUGCGCAAGCUGCUCCCUGAUCUCAACAGUGAAGCCAUUGACUUUCUGGAGAAGAUCCUGACCUUUAACCCCAUGGACCGCUUAACAGCUGAGAUGGGGCUACAGCACCCCUACAUGAGCCCUUACUCCUGCCCCGAGGAUGAGCCCACCUCACAGCACCCCUUCCGCAUUGAAGACGAGAUCGACGACAUCGUGCUGAUGGCUGCCAGCCAGAGCCAGCUCUCUAACUGGGACAGGUAUCCUGUGAGUCUGUCGUCAGACCUGGAGUGGCGGCCUGACAGGUGCCAGGACGCGAGCGAGGUGCAGCGCGACCCUCGCGCUGGCUCUGCCCCGCUGGCCGAGGACGUUCAGGUGGACCCACGCAAGGACUCUCAGAGCAGCUCCGAGCGCUUCCUGGAGCAGUCCCACUCGUCCAUGGAGCGCGCCUUCGAGGCUGACUACGGGCGCUCCUGCGACUACAAGGUGGGGUCUCCGUCCUACCUAGAUAAGCUGCUGUGGCGUGACAACAAGCCCCACCACUACUCCGAGCCCAAGCUCAUCCUGGACCUGUCGCACUGGAAGCAGGCGGCCACCGGGCCACCCAAGGCCGCGGUACCCGCAGACCCGGUGUCCUGUGAGGAUGAGCCGGCCAGCCUCUUCCUGGAGAUUGCGCAGUGGGUCAAGAGCACGCAAAGUGGCCCUGAGCGCGCCAGCCCUCCCCCUGAUGCCCCAGAACCCCGUCUCUCUGCCUCGCCCCCGGGACACCCGACACCCAUCGAUGGAGGAGCCAGUCCUCAGUUCGACUUAGACGUAUUCAUCUCGCGUGCUCUAAAGCUCUGCACCAAGCCUGAGGACCUACCAGAGAACAAACUGGGUGACCUGAAUGGUGCGUGCAUCUCCGAGCACCCUGGCGACCUCGUGCAGACAGAAGCCUUCUCCAAAGAAAGGUGGUGAGCACAGAAAGGGGUGCAGGAGAACUCCAGGAGCAAGACGCCACCCAGGAAGCUGGACCACUUCCUUGCCCCGCUACCACUCCUUCAGCCCCGCUCUGCUGCGUUGGGAUUAGCAGAACGCACGAGGAUCCAGGGAGCAAGAGGAAUGUCCGUUUCUUAAACUGCCUUAAUAACUAGCCUUUAACCUCCGGGAGCGGGUUUGAACAGAGCCUGGCUGGGAGCUAUCACUUUCCCCUCGAAGGGAAGGCGUGUGUUUUCUAAGCGACAGUGUGCAGGGAAGAAGGGAUCUCGGACAGCAGUCUACAGCCCUACCAGGGUUAAGGGGGCAGAAAGAGCUUACAGACAUAGUCUCCAAGCCAUGCGACCCACCUAGUCUCCAAUGGACCUCUGGGCCCAGAGAUGCUGUGAUGACUUAGGACCACAGGCCUAGUGAAUGUCAGUGUAGUCUGAAUCCCCGGCUCCUGCCCCCUGGACCAGUGUCUGACCACAGUGUAAUGUCUUCCUCUGCUGGGGUCACUCUGGCUUUUUGGUCAGAAAACUUGGUCCUGAGUGCUUCUCACUGUUCCUUACCAUCUUCCCCAUCCUUUCCUUUAAUUUAGAACAAUGUUUCCUGUAUCCUGAAACUGGAAACAGAACCAGCUUCUUUCUCCUAGUCACCAGAUUUCUAUGACUCCGCAAAGUGCUUAAAUGCUCACCUACCGCCUCCCUGUAUUUGCCCCCGACAGCACAGUCUGCAGUUGGGGACUGUGGGUAGGUUUAGUCAUUUCCCAGGCCUGUGCAUACAACCGCCUCCUGCAUGCCCUAUGCACUUUCCUGACUCAACAUAACACAGCCCCCGUUCCCCAGUGGAUGUCAUACGCGGGUGAGUUUGAAGACAGCAAUUCCAAGACUCCCUCUUGUCCAACCCCCAGCAUCCCACCCACCCCACCCACAUGCACACAGCUCCUCUCCAAGCCUACUUGGGGCCCGAAUGUUCUUGGCACAGAGUGCUCAUUUGUAGGAAAAGCAAUAAGGUGCUUUCCAUAGAAGCAAAUGAGUUAGGAGGGAAGAUUCCACAGAGGCUCCACCAUACUUAACUAAUGUUGCCCUUGAUCAUGCGCAUCCAUUUAGUCCUAGCCAAGAGUGGGCCCUGGAGGAAUGACCUGAGAGCUAGCAACCUUGCUGGCAGGAAACCCAGGGAGAAAAACUAGGUGUUCAAAAUAGGGUGCCAACCUCAAGUGUCCUGAAGAGCCAGCUGUCAAUGUGGAAAACUCAAGACAAAGGGAUUCAAAGUAACCUUGCCCUCAUAGAUUAGGUUAAGAUGAACUUGGAGCCCAGAGCCCUCUCCAGAAGCAUAGGGGACGGGAGAUGACACAAACAGUCCCCAGUCUGUUCCUGAACACUCUGCCACUGGUGUCUAUCCACCCCCUACCCCUGCCAACAUCCCAAAGAUACCCACAGGAAGUCUAACUGGUCUGUUGAGAGAUCUCCUUGCGCUGUGUUCACCCUCACAUCGCAGCACCUUAAAUCUAGCUAACUAUGAUUUAUAUAUUGAACCUACAAUGCAUUAGAAACAUAUUUUAAAACAAUCACGCUGACCAGUUUUUAAAUGGAAAAUAUGUAAAUAUAUAAAGUGUUUAGAUUUUACUUUUUUUUUUUUCCUUUAAGAAAAUGCAAUGCACAGCACUCCUUAUGUGCCAUUUGUCCUCAGAGGGAAGCUUUACUUUUUGAGUAAAGGGACAUGCUGCUGACUGACCAGGAGUUCCCGGAGAACUGUUAUAAUUAUUCAUGUUCUUCAAAGAAUCUGUUAAAUAUUAUUAAACUUGAUCUGGAUGAGCCAAAUAAACUUUUAUU